UUGAUAUAAAUAUUCCGUUGUUAAAUAGCCCUCUUUGAACGCUCCUGUCGUAACACGUGAUUCUGUUUAAUCCCACUUUAUCUUUAACGUGGACAGAAAGUAAUGAAUUAUUUUCAAAGUAGGAGCACACUUGAAGCCUAUGUUUGUUCACUGCUAUUAGCAUUUAGCUAUCAUAACUGGGAUCUGUAGUUUUGCACAGGUGCUUUUCUCACCGAUGCCAAUAACAUGCGAAAAAUUUGUUGGAUGAUCACCAGUCUAAUCUAACGGCGAGCACAGGCUGUGCUUAGUGCAGCUAACUUCGUUGAUUAAACGAGAACUGGCGUUUCUACGUAGGUACAGCCAUUGGCUAGCCGCAAAAAUGUCUCACACAAUAUUACUUGUUCAACCAGGAAAUAGACCUGAAACACGAACUUAUUCUGAUUAUGAAAGUGUUAAUGAAUGUAUGGAAGGAGUAUGCAAAAUUUACGAGGAACAUUUAAAGAGGAGAAAUCCUAAUACUCCAACUAUAACAUAUGAUAUUAGUCAGCUGUUUGACUUUAUAGAUCAACUCACAGAUUUGUCAUGCCUUGUUUAUCAAAAAUCUACAAAUACAUAUGCUCCAUACAACAAGGAUUGGAUUAAAGAGAAAAUAUAUGUUUUAUUACGCAGAGCAGCAGGACAUAGCGAAUAAUUAAUGGAUAGAGAUAGACAUAUACUUUUAUGUAUAAGACAAAUUAAUCUUAAGUCAAAGUCUAUAUUACCAUUUGUAAUAAUAAAUAUAUAACCUAAAAAGAAAUGAUAGUUACACUCCUGUUAUAGUCUAAUCCUUCCCU